GCCCGGCCGGGCGCUGCCCCCGACAGCGGCAAGUUCGCGAGUUGCACGAGUUUUGGGGCCGGGGCAGGCCGGGCGGGGGGCCAUGGAGCAGGACGCGGGGCCGGAGCCCGCGCUGGAGAAGAGCGCGGCGGACCUGACGGUCAUGGACGUGUACGACAUCGCGUCGCUCGUGGGCCACGAGUUCGAGCGGGUCAUCGACCAGCACGGCUGCGAGGCCAUCGCGCGCCUCAUGCCCAAGGUCGUGCGCGUCCUGGAGAUCCUGGAGGUGCUGGUCAGCCGCCACCACGUCGCGCCCGAGCUGGACGAGCUGCGCCUGGAGCUGGACCGCCUGCGCCUGGAGAGGAUGGACCGCAUCGAGAAGGAGCGCAAGCACCAGAAGGAGCUGGAGCUGGUGGAAGACGUGUGGCGAGGGGAGGCGCAGGACCUCCUGUCCCAGAUCGCGCAGCUGCAGGAAGAAAACAAGCAGCUCAUGACCAACCUCUCGCACAAGGACGUCAGCUUCUCCGAGGAGGAGUUCCAGAAGCAGGAAGGCAUGUCGGAGCGGGAGCGGCAGGUCAUGAAGAAGCUGAAGGAGGUGGUGGACAAGCAGCGGGACGAGAUCCGCGCCAAGGACCGGGAGCUGGGCCUGAGAAAUGAGGACGUUGAGGCUCUGCAGCAGCAGCAGACCCGGCUCAUGAAGAUCAACCACGACCUCCGGCACCGCGUCACCGUGGUGGAGGCCCAGGGCAAGGCCCUGAUCGAGCAGAAGGUGGAGCUGGAGGCUGACCUGCAGACCAAGGAGCAGGAGAUGGGCAGCCUGCGGGCGGAGCUGGGGAAGCUUCGGGAGAGGCUACGGGGCGAACGCAGCCAGAACGGCCAGGAGGAGCCUGAGAUGGAGCCCGGCGGAGAGGAGAGCAUCUCGGAGGCGGAGAAGGCGGCCAUGGACCUCAAGGACCCCAACCGCCCCCGGUUCACGCUGCAGGAGCUGCGGGACGUGCUGCACGAGAGGAACGAGCUCAAGUCCAAGGUGUUCCUGCUGCAGGAGGAGCUGGCCUACUACAAGAGUGAAGAAUUAGAAGAGGAGAAUCGAAUACCCCAGCCUCCGCCCAUCGUCCACCCGAGAAUGUCCCCCCAGCCAGAGUCUGGGAUCAAGCGACUGUUUAGCUUCUUCUCCCGAGAUAAGAAGCGCCUGGCCAACACGCAGAGGACCGUGCACAUCCAGGAGUCCUUCGGCCAGUGGGCCAACGCCCACCGCGACGACGGAUACACCGAGCAAGGACAGGAGGCCCUGCAGCACCUGUGACCGCGGCCCGCCUGCGCCCUCCGCCGCCUGACCCGGCCGCCGCCAGUGCCCGCGACGGGACCUGGCAGCCCAGGUGUCACUGCCCUGCCCACCUGUCGGGUCAGGCGUCCCUCGAACAGACUGUCCGCUUUGAGGAAGCACAUUGAAGUACUGUUGCCAAACUCCAGAGAUGUUUAUUUAUACCCGGGCCCUCGCCUUUUAUAAUAGAUGACUUGGACCCCUUAGGAUACGUAUUUAACAAGACCGUGCGUGGAGGCCAGGCCUUUGCAUUAACUCCCGCAGCACAAGCUUCUUUAAGCCAAAUACACCACUUGCCACUUUGUACCUGCAGUGUGACUGCUCCUGUGAAACUCUGGGCGGAGGUUUUGUGAUCACAUCUGUCACCUUAAGUGGGAGCGGUAGGUUUUCAUUCGUCGCCUUCGUGGAAUUGUCGUGGCGGAAGCACCCACAUAGGAUGGGGUCCACUGGACAAGCAGGGCCUCCGAAACCCAACGGAAAAUACGGACAACAGGCCUCCGUCCCGGGAGCCGGGGACGGCCUUGCGGGAGCCAGUGUUCCCCUCUCGCCCCGUUACUGAUAGUGCCUGGAGCCUGGAGCCUAGAGCGACGCCCAGGGCCGGUGCCUUGGGACCCGCUGUGAGUCGCUCAGUACUAACCUAACAGAGUUGCUAAGGGUGA